AGUGUAUCUCUAUCCAUUACUCUGUGCAGUUGUGACUAGAAAUCGCUCCUGAGUUGGCGCGAGUAAAUUUUGUGUGCUGACAUUCAGUGAAGUGAACACAAUAGUCAAUAAUUGCUAUUGCUUGCGAAUAAAAAGUAAAAGAAAAAUCAAAAAUAUAAAUUUUUGCAAAAAAAAAGAAAUUUAAAGAAAAAAAUUCGUGAAGAAAGAAAGAAAGUGAUAACAAGAGAAAUGUCAUUAAGUCGCUUGAACCCAACAAAAAAGGUGAUUGCAAGCCUAAUUGCUCGAUCUUCGUAUAAUCGAAUGAAAUUCGCGCGACAUAUUACAACAGCAACGCAUUUGCAAGAUAAAAUUGUCAUGAAGACCGAAACAAAAAACGAAUGGAAUCGAGCACUCAGCGAGGCUGAGAAGAUUGUUGGUUAUCAAACAUCCUACUUAAGCUUGCGAUAUUUGUUAAGUGAUGAAAUCACUAAUCUGGCGAUGCACAUGAGAAAGCUGGUUGGAAGUACACACCCGUUGGUUGGAACUGGAAAAUCACUUAUUUAUGGUCAGGGAAACAUGCAAACUUGGGGACUUAUUGUUCUUCUCGUCUCUAAAAUGGCUGGUCAUGCGAAAGGAAUUUUAGAAAGUGAACAAGAUAAGAGUGCCGGUGUUUUAAUGUCGCAACGAACCCUUGCCGAAGUUGUCGAGAUGGUGAGAACAGCAAAUAUGAUUCACAGUUCCGGUGUGCUUAACUUACAGCAUUUACAAAAAUCCGGGAAUGAUUUGUCCUUCGAUUCGGAUUUGAUUUUCGGCAAUAAAAUUGCUUUGCUUGGUGGUGAUAUUUUACUCGGAAACGCGUCUACGCAAAUGGCACAACUUAAGAAUCAAGAAGUUGUUGAGUUGAUGUGUACAGCAGCAAGAGAUAUUUCCGAUUCACAUUUCAUUGGGGAACGUGAUGUACAAAAUAAUCCGCUACCAUCCGAUCCAUCGAAGAAAGUUGAAGAACAAAUGAAGUCAGCUAUAACCUCGGAAGUACAAGUUGAUGAAGUUGAUAAUCGCAAGCCAUUUAACUUGAAAGACGUAAUGGGAAGCCCCGAAAAUGAAUGGACAUUGCGUCAUACAUUAGCAAAUGGCACGUUGUUGGGUAAAAGUUGUCAAAGUGCUUUGUUGCUAGCAAAACAAUCUGAGGAACUUCAAAAGCAAGCUUAUUUCUUUGGUAAGCAUUUGGCAUUGGCUUGGCAAGCGAGCAUUGACUUGGAACCUUACAAAACUGAAUUGCCAUUGGGACAUAAACUCAGUCUUGUCAGUGCACCAAUUUUGUUCCAUCUCGAAUACGAUUCGUCAUUAUACACUGAGAUAAAGAAAGGAAUCGAAACUGUUGAUGAUGUCAACUUCUACAAGAUUCAUAAAGAAGUUGCAAAAGGCCCGGGACUUGAACGAACAAAAGAACUUCAAAGCAAACACACACUGCUAGCAAUGACCGAAUUGUACAAAUUUCCCAAAUCAGAUGCUCGCUCCGCCCUUGAAAAUAUCAUUUUAGCGAUGCAGGAAGAUUAAGAUAUAGAAAAAAAACCUCGGACUUCGUUUAAACAAAUUAAAUUAAAAAUUUCAAAUGACAUUGCCACUAAAUUUGUGUUAAUCUGAAAGGAGAAGAAUUUACAAUUUUCAAAUGUGAAUGUUUUAAGUUGCCAGUAUUUAAAUUGAAAGUUAGUUCGAUACAUUUGUAUAAAAAAAAUAUUAAAUUAAUUAAUGAAAGCUUUUUUUUUUACUUUGGGAUACAUUUGUGAAUUUUGUCAUGGAAAAAGAAAUCAUUAAAAUAAUUUUUUUAACUAAAAUACUUUCAUUACGUAACAUACUGAUCUGCCCUAAUCGAUAGAAAUUCUUAAAUAAUGAGAUGGAAAAUGAAGCUAUCAAUGAUGAUCAACGAGAAAUUUUUAUGGAUUCACGAUUUUCGCUGUUUAAAACAAACGAGAAGAAGAAAAAAAUGAGGCAAAAUUAUUGACUCUGAAAACAGUAAAAAAAAACAUCAACGAAAUGGAGAGGGAGCUUUGAAGGUAUUCACAGAGCUGUAAGAUUUAUUAUUUGUUAAUCUUCUUUUGUGAAAUAAUACAAACAUUUUCGUCUUUGGAA